AUGUUAAAUUAAACAUUAAAUGACGCUUAAAUAGUGGCUGGAAUUGAUAACUUAAAACAGAAAGUAUUUUGUUAAUAUCUAUUUUUUAAGAAUCAUUGUGUAUUUAAUUAUGAACUCUAUAAUAAUUGUGAAAAACCACUGUUGUUGAUGUGCAACCAAUAUUUGGCUGUUGAUUAUAAAUUAAAAUGGAAAGUAUUUUUAAGUUAUGUACACACUUUAGGUAAUAAAAUUACAUAUUUAUUAGGGUUGAAGGUGGAUCAAUAAUUUUAUAUGAAUUUACAAAAAAUUUAUGAGUAAAUUUUUACUCAUUGUUAUGAAGAAGAUAUUAUUGAAUUAUAGUCUGAAUUUGGUAAACCUGUUGAAGGUUAUCAAGAUAAUCAAUUAUAAGAGCUUUUCUUCAUGUUUUCAAAAUGUUCACCUUUUAAUAAUGAUGCUAAAACUGGAAGAUUUCUUAAAAUUGGUGCUUAAUUGUAGCCAGAAAAUUUAGAUGAUAGAUCCACCGUUGUUGCUGUUCAAUUAUUCCGAAAAUUUUAUCUCUAAUAUGGUGAUUAUAACUUUAAAGUAAAGAACAAUAUAAAUUUCAGCAACCAAACCCAUUUCAUAUCAUUAAAAACAGCAACAAUAUACAUUAUGACACUACAGUUUUUAGGGAGAAGAUAGUCAAUAUAUUGAUAAAGAAUGAAGACUUUUUAAAUUACAUAGAAUAACACACCUCUCUAUUUUAGAAUCAAACCUUUUUUGAUUAACAAAAGAAGUUAGAACUUCAAAAAGAGAGUUUGAUGAAGUUUCUCUAUGAAAAUACAGAUUUAAAUCAUUUUAUAAUUAUGGUAUAUGAUUUAUUGAACAAAGUAACAGAAGGAGAAUUCAAUUCAACACUUAUACUAAAACACAUUUCAUUAUAAAUUUUAGAUCCAUUUAUACAUCCACUUGCAUUAUCAAUAUGCGAUUUUUAUGAAUAAAUUUUAGAAGAAUAUGAAGGGACAGAGGAUGUCACAUAAUUGAAAGAAAAGUAUCUGCCAAAAAUAACAUUUUUGAAUAUGGAUGGAUAUGAUUCUGAAUUCAAUUAUAAAUUAUUGGAUAAUUAUUCAAAUUCUUGCCAAUAUAUAUCAGUAUUGGAUGAAAUGUUGGAUUGUGAUGAUAAAUCUUAAAUGUUUGAUUUGGUAACUAAAGAUAAGAGUUGCUUUAUGUAAGCUAAAAACUCUUAUAUUAUUCCAAUUAGAUAAUGUCAUAAAUAAAAAUAGUUAAAUGAUAUGCAUUUUAGGCACAUCUUAGAUCUACUUGUUUAUCCAUUAAUAAAAUCAUUCUAGCCUUAGGUUAUUAUUUUUAGUUAUUCAUUUGCAUAUUUUAAUCAAGAAUCUGAUAUUCAAUUAUCUUCUAAGUUAUUUAUAGAAAUCACAACUCAUCUAUCAUUAAUUAGUAAUUAUAAGGUAAUUUUUCUACCUAGAAUUUUAUCAUCUGGAGUUUAAAUUUAAGAUCAUAGAUUUGAAAUUGAACUCUUAAAAACUGACCAUAAAAAUAUUGUAUAUUAUUUGAAUAUUUAUUCAACUCAUAUUUAGUAAAGUUUUAAGUUUUUACAUCCAUCUAAUUAAUAACAUUGUGAAUUAUCACAUUAUGCAAAUAAUGCUAUGAAAAUAGUUAAAAGCAAUAGUUUUUAUGAAAAAAAAAAGUAAGGCAACAUUAUACACUAUUAUUUAAAUAAAGAAAAAGAAAGAUAUAUGUUUGAAAUAUUAUCAGGCUUUCUUGAAUCCUGUAGAAGUAAUUAUAAUUUUAGUUAUUUUUAGAAUCCUACUUAUAAGAAGUUAAGGAUAAGGAUAAACGUAUGUAAGAUCCAAAUCUUUAAUGCUAGGAUUUGCUAGAAUAUAAGUUAUCAUAUGUUAAACUUUUAGAUAAAUUAUUUCAAUUCCACGAAAAACAUUUUUUCAGUAAUUUGUUUAAAUCAACUUAAUAAUAAAUACAUACAUAUAAAUUAUUGUUUUAAUAACAUUAAAAGACUUAAAGAAGAGAGGAUUCUUAAUUUGUUUCCUUUUUAGCAUAAGAUUUAAAAGAUUAUAUUUAUGUAAUAGAUAAUUUUGUUAAUAGUAAAUAUAAAAUAUUUAUAAUAGAUGAACCUUAAUUAUUAUAAAUAAAUUUAAGAAAAUUAUAAUCUCCAGUCUAUAUACACAAUAGAUUAACUUAGUACUUUGUAAAUUAUAAAUUGAAAAGUAUACUUUUUAUAAAUGUUUUAUCAUUUAUUGAUAUCAGAUAUAUUGGAAUUGUAAGAUGUUAUUAAAAGCUAAUAGAUUCAAAUAGGAUUCAUACUAAGUAUGUUUGGUGAAUUAUGAAAAAUAUCUUAAUCCUGUUUAAAAAAUUAAUUAAAUUUGGGCAGAAAUACAAGUUAUCCAUGAAACCACUGAGUAACCUGUAUUUUUUAGAUCUUUGUGUUUUGAUAAAUAAAAGAAUAAUAUUUAUUGCAUUUAUGGCAAAGAGGCUAAAAAUAACACAUUAUGGGAUUCGAUUGAUAUAUUCAAUUUUGAAAAAGUAUCAAAAUAAAUAUAAAUUUAGCAAACAUUUACAACCAUUUAUAGAGACAAAAAUACAAAAAAAGAGAGUGAUACUUAUUUUGCUAGAGCAUAUGCUUCAUCUGUUGUAUUCCCAAUUAUUCAAUAAAUAAAAAAUUAUUCUGAAGUAUGGACUUUUGGAGGAUCAUUCUUGUAUGUAUAUUAAAUAAAGUUAGAGGGCAUUAUAAUCAAGAAUUCUAGAAUAUGGGAUUUUGCAACCUAGUAGAAAGAAUAUUUAUAAGUGAAGGGUCUUAUCGAUCUGAAAAAAUCAAUAAGGAAUAAAUUAUUCCAUUGUCUAUGAGACCUAUGUAUGGAUCUUUGAUGUUAAGUGUAUAGUAAAAUAUUUUAUUUAAAUUUAUAGAGACAAUGAUGAAUCUGCUAUUUUGAUAAUUGGAGGAUCUUAAAAUGAAUUGCUUGUAAAUAUUGAAUAAUAAGAAUAUAUUGGAUAUAAAUUUCAACAGAUUGAUAAUCAUUAUUAUGUGAGUGCUAUCACUAAUCUUGGAUAGAAGAUUAAUCCCAUAAGUUUCUAUUCACAAAAUUAAAANGAUCCAAAUCUUUAAUGCUAGGAUUUGCUAGAAUAUAAGUUAUCAUAUGUUAAACUUUUAGAUAAAUUAUUUCAAUUCCACGAAAAACAUUUUUUCAGUAAUUUGUUUAAAUCAACUUAAUAAUAAAUACAUACAUAUAAAUUAUUGUUUUAAUAACAUUAAAAGACUUAAAGAAGAGAGGAUUCUUAAUUUGUUUCCUUUUUAGCAUAAGAUUUAAAAGAUUAUAUUUAUGUAAUAGAUAAUUUUGUUAAUAGUAAAUAUAAAAUAUUUAUAAUAGAUGAACCUUAAUUAUUAUAAAUAAAUUUAAGAAAAUUAUAAUCUCCAGUCUAUAUACACAAUAGAUUAACUUAGUACUUUGUAAAUUAUAAAUUGAAAAGUAUACUUUUUAUAAAUGUUUUAUCAUUUAUUGAUAUCAGAUAUAUUGGAAUUGUAAGAUGUUAUUAAAAGCUAAUAGAUUCAAAUAGGAUUCAUACUAAGUAUGUUUGGUGAAUUAUGAAAAAUAUCUUAAUCCUGUUUAAAAAAUUAAUUAAAUUUGGGCAGAAAUACAAGUUAUCCAUGAAACCACUGAGUAACCUGUAUUUUUUAGAUCUUUGUGUUUUGAUAAAUAAAAGAAUAAUAUUUAUUGCAUUUAUGGCAAAGAGGCUAAAAAUAACACAUUAUGGGAUUCGAUUGAUAUAUUCAAUUUUGAAAAAGUAUCAAAAUAAAUAUAAAUUUAGCAAACAUUUACAACCAUUUAUAGAGACAAAAAUACAAAAAAAGAGAGUGAUACUUAUUUUGCUAGAGCAUAUGCUUCAUCUGUUGUAUUCCCAAUUAUUCAAUAAAUAAAAAAUUAUUCUGAAGUAUGGACUUUUGGAGGAUCAUUCUUGUAUGUAUAUUAAAUAAAGUUAGAGGGCAUUAUAAUCAAGAAUUCUAGAAUAUGGGAUUUUGCAACCUAGUAGAAAGAAUAUUUAUAAGUGAAGGGUCUUAUCGAUCUGAAAAAAUCAAUAAGGAAUAAAUUAUUCCAUUGUCUAUGAGACCUAUGUAUGGAUCUUUGAUGUUAAGUGUAUAGUAAAAUAUUUUAUUUAAAUUUAUAGAGACAAUGAUGAAUCUGCUAUUUUGAUAAUUGGAGGAUCUUAAAAUGAAUUGCUUGUAAAUAUUGAAUAAUAAGAAUAUAUUGGAUAUAAAUUUCAACAGAUUGAUAAUCAUUAUUAUGUGAGUGCUAUCACUAAUCUUGGAUAGAAGAUUAAUCCCAUAAGUUUCUAUUCACAAAAUUAAAAUAUUUAUUCUGAUUAAGAUAAGAUUUAUAUUUUAAAUGAUGCCACUCAAAUAUUAGGAAAACCAUAUAGGUUCAAUAAUUAAACAAACGAAUUAGAAGAAACUGAUCCCUUUUCUCCUUAUGGUAUAUUAAGCUUAACUACCCUUAAGAUUUCAAAUAAUUUAACAUCGUAGGAGUUUUUUUAGAAAAGGAGAAUAUCUAUAAUAGGUAUUGAUGCUAAGAAUGACAUAUUGAAUGCCACUUAAGUUAUAUAGCCUUUUGCUCAAAUGCAUAAGGCAAUGAAAUUCUUAUAUAAGGAAUAAGAUAAUAUGAAUUAUUAAGCAAGAAUAAUUUUUUAAGAUAAUAAUGAAAUAGUAGGAUUAAUUAAAAAUUUUUAAUUAACCAAAUACAUCUAUUUAUAUGUAAAUAUCAAAUAAGAUGAAAAUAUACAUGAAGGCUAUCUAAAGCCAUGUUCAAUGUGUGUUAGUUAUAAAAAUUAAAGUUUAUAUUUGCUUACUACAAAUAUUGAAAAUGGAUCUGUCUAUUUUACUAUUUACAGUUAUCAAAUAAAUUAAUUGAUUUAAGAUAUUAAUUUAUCUUUAAAUAAUAAUAACAAAAAAUUAGUGUUAAAUGUUUACACUAUUUUUGCUAAAGUUGUAAUGCAUCUGUCAAACAAUGUGGAAAAGAUUUUUAAGCAAUUAACCUGUGACAAUGAAAAUCUAUAUUUGAUUGGGGGAUAUAUGGGACUUAUUUAUUAAUAAAAUGAUUUAGAUUUAUUAUUGCUUCAAGGAUAACAAACAUAUAAGUAUCAUAAACAUAUAGAAAAUGUCAAUAAUAAUAAUUUUAAAAUUCCUUUUGAUAAUCCUGAAUAAUAUUCAAAAUAUGGAUAAAGUAAUAAGUAUAUGUAUGAGUCUCCAUAUAUUAUUUGGACUAAUUCAGACCAAAUUUUAAUCAUAGAAAAAGAAUUUAAAUAGAAAUAUUUUAGUGAAGUAAUAGAUCGAGUUCAUCAUGAUUUUAAAAUUUGGAUAACUAAAUUUGAAAUCUAAAUUAAUGAAACUUGGGAAUAAGGAAUUUUAGUUCUUCCAUCUUUUUUACUUUCUAAAGCAUAUGUAGAAAUGACAUCUUAAGUUAUAACUGAUAAAUUGAAAGAAUAAAUAUAACAUAGAAAAUUGGAUUUGUUUCUACAAAAUACUAAUACUGAAGUAUUAAAUUAAUAUAAUUUAAAUAGUUUGAAACUAUUGUCAAAAUAGUCGAUUAUGUUUCAAUUGAUUAACGAAUAAUAUUGACAUGUGCUGUUCAAGUUCUAAAUUUUAUUUAAAUGCUGAGCUUUGAAUUUUCACUUGAAAAUUAAGAGGAGUAUUUAUUAUAAUACAAAUAUAAUGGAACACAUUAAUAACAUUAACUUGCUCGAAGAUAUUCAGUUCCAAUUUUUAUCCCCAAAGUUACACUUUUGGUAACAACUCAAAAAUAAGCUAUUAUUGAUGGAUAUUAAAUUUAUGAUCCUGUGAAUGAGCAUUAAACAAUCAGAUAAUAAAAUUAAAGUUAAAUCAUUGUUAAAAUGAAAGAACAAAUAAAAGUUUAUAAUCUAAUUCCCUAAACCUGA